AUGCUGCACCGCUCCGGGGAGGAUGAGCAGCAAAAGCCGGCCACAGCAUUGGAGGAAUCGCCGUCAUCAUGGACCUGGCUUCCCUUGUUAUCCAAUUUGUUUCAGAAACAGCACAGCCAACUGCCGUCUCAGGAGCAUGUGGCUGAGUCUGCGUCCGGACAAACGCUGCAGCAGCUGGACGUCUCGUCAUCAAACAACUUGGUUGAUGUUACACCAUUCAAGGGAUUGUCCAUCACUGCCACGUCCUCGUCCUCUCAGCGUGACACCAUUUGGGUCCGAUACCAGUGUGAUUGGGGGCUCACAUUUUACACCAGGAUCGAUCUUCAUGGAUAUUUCCACACAUAUCCUCAUGUGGAUGGGCCAUUUCAGAGCUUAGAGCAAGUUAACAAUGCCAUUGAUCGCUAUCUUCAUGACCGUCGGGAUCCAAUAAUGUGCGAGGAGCGACCUGAGUUCUAUGAAGUGGGUAAGGCUAGUGUUGAGAGGGGUAUACGGGACUCUCUUUUCUGGCCUGAUGGCUCAAAGAAGAUGUACGUGAAAUCUGAGCCGGUUGAUGAAAGCCGUUGCUGGAUGCUCCAGCUGGUUCAAGCUUUGGUGGACAAGUAUAACGAGGAUCACAAUCUUUUCAAGGAUCUUGCGUUUGAAGUUAAAGAUGUUGUGUGCUACGAAGUAAUAUAUGAGGGCAACUGCCUCUACUACCAUAUUAAUUUCACUACAAGGACCAAAGGAGCAAAGACCGCCGACAAUCUAUUCUUUUCUGAAGUCAAACGUAUGCCAGGAGAAGACAAAAAAUUGGUGGUCAGCUGUACCUGCAUGGUUGAUCCUUCUGAUAACGGUCAAUGCUACGGCUGUGAAAGUAAUAUGAAGCACCCCAAUGCUGAUGCAUAUGCUGGUGGUCACUCGAAGGUUUGCAACUUGAAGGGAGAAUGUCUUGGUCCUAAUAUAGCGGUCGCAGAGACUAUGGAUGACUGGAAGGCUGAGGAAGCGAGGGUAAGACAAAUGUUCAAGGGCCUUGACGAUCCAACUGUUGUGGCGCGACUCAUGGAACCACCCAAGUUGAACUUCGGAGCAACCAAGGCCACCGAUGAGGAAGUAGAACGUUUUAUGAAUUCGAUCAUGGGACCAUGCGAUCCUAACCUUUGCACCACUUAUGGCAUCCUCGAUGCUAGCGCCGUAGAAAGAUUUAGAGUGGCGCUAAUGUAA